CCAAAGAAUUUUCACUGUGACUGUGAAACGGCUGACGAAUAGCGACACUGAUUACUGGUGUGUUGUGGAGAUUAAUGGAGGCUCAGACAUCGCACAUUAUUUUCACCUGUCAAUCACCAGUACGCCCAGUCUCUAUGUGGAUCAUCAGGAGGUGACAGGAAUUAUUGGAGAAAACAUAACCAUCAACUGUCACUACAGAAACAGCGGAAUAAUGAAGUGGUGCAGGCUGGGAAAGAACUGUGUAACAGGGUCAUCUGGAUCAAUAGAUGGAACAAGAGUGACUAUUGAUGCACGGUCUUCAAAGGUUUUCACUGUGACUAUGAGUGAACUGAAGGCAGAGAGCAGUGGCUGGUAUUGGUGUGCCAUAGGAAACUUCCAGAUGCCAGUGCAUGUAACUGUUACUGAGAAACCCACCACUACCACAAAUUCUUACAGUACUGACGUUGGAACAAUCACCACAGUUACAAAUGGACAGAACAGUGUUGGCCUAAAGAGCCUCAUCAUCCGUCUGAGUGUGUUGGUCUUCAUUGUAAUUGUGAGUUUGAUCGUCUGGUUUAUGUUGAGAUACAAGCAGACCAAAGCAGAAUCAUCAUCCAGAACAAUGGUGGAUGAGGGCAUAACAUUCUCCACAGUCAAACACAAUAAUGAACUGUCCAGCCAGACUCAAGAGGACGCCAUCUACUCUGAAGCUGAAUGCUUUAGAGAAAAUUCACCUCAGAGGUCAAAUGCUGAAAGUGAUGUGGAGAAUGUAGCAGGAACUUUCAGUGUGGUUUUAGUUCACAUCGAUAUGGCUGUUCAUCUCAGCGCUCUUCUUGUCCUCACUGGACUAACAGGAAUUUGCUGCCUAACUACAGUCAGUGAAGUAUCAGUGAAGGCUGGAGACUCAGUCACCAUCCCCUGUCUCUAUGACAGAGCGUACAUAAACCACGUUAAAUACUUGUGUAAAGGAUAUUAUUGGAGUUCCUGCUCAGAUGCAGUUAAAACAAAUCAACCAGAUAGAUCAGGAAAAUUUUCCAUCUCAGAUGACAAAAACCAAAGAAUUUUCACUGUGACUGUGAAACGGCUGACGAAUAGCGACACUGAUUACUGGUGUAUUGUGGAGAUUAACGGAGACUCAGACUUCGGACGUUAUUUUCACCUGUCAAUCACCAGUACGCCCAGUCUCUAUGUGGAUCAUCAGGAGGUGACAGGAAUUAUUGGAGAAAACAUAACCAUCAGCUGUCACUACAGAAACACUGGAAUAAUGGGGUGGUGCAGGCUGGGAAAGAACUGUGUCACAGGAUCAUCUGGAUCAAUAGAUGGAACAAGAGUGACUAUCGAUGCACGGUCUUCAAAGGUUUUCACUGUGACUAUGAGUGAACUGAAGGCAGAGAGCAGUGGCUGGUAUUGGUGUGCCAUAGGAAACUUCCAGAUGCCAGUGCAUGUAACUGUUACUGAGAAACCCACCACGACCAAACCUCCUGACAGCACUGGUGAUGGAGACACUACAAAUAGACAGAACGGCACUUCUGUUGACCUAAAAAGCCUCGUCAUUCCUCUGAGCUUGUUGGUUUUCUUUGCAAUUGUGGCUUUCAUCGUCUGGUUUAUGUUAAGACACAAGAAGACCAAAGCAGACUCAUCAUCCACAGAAAUGGCGGAUGAGGAAGUAACGUACUCUAGACCAGACAAGAAAAAAACUUCAAGCCAGGCAGACGAGGAAAUAAUGUACUCUACAGUAAACAAGAAAAAAACUUCAAGCCAGUUUGCUAGGUCUGCUCGUUCAACUCAGCCUCAAGAGGAGGAUGUAACAUACUCCAAUUUUGAAUUCACGAGAGAAAGCUCCCCUCGGAAGUCAAAUCCUGAAAAUGAUGCGGAGGUGAUGUACAGCUCUGUGGUGACCACAAAGAAACCAAAGAAAAAAAGGGCUGAAGCUAAAGAUGUGGAUGUUACAUACAGCACGUUAGCUGAGCACCACUGAAACACUUAAAUAUUGCAACUGUUUGUCUUUUCGUCUGUAUCCUACUGUACUCUUUUUUUUUUUAGAUUAGUGUCAUACUGUGUUCUCUUCUAUCAUUGAUAUUAUCUUGUUUUAUUAUAAACUGAUGCUAUUUUUUCUAGAUGCCAAACAUAUUUGCAUAUACAUAAUGAAUAAUCCUGAUAUUUAUUGUCGAGAUGUUUGGUUCUCAAUGUAUAUAUUUCACAUUUUUUAUUUACAUUUGGAUAUAUAUUUGUUGAUGUUGUGUAUUCAGGAAAUGCAUUAUUUGUAAAUGAAUGGAUAAAUGGACAAACUUGCUGUGUAUAGAAUAGCUGAACUACAUCAGAGAAAAUUUUUUUAAAAAAUCUGAAAAAAAUUAUUAAUUAAUAAAUGGUAAUUAAUUAUUCUGUUGUUGCUACUGUAAUAACUCACUCUGCACAGCUUUUAAAAAUGUUUGUCUACAGCAAAAUAUACUCAAUAUUUUUACACAUCUUACUUAGGGGGAAAUGGCAGACUGGCAAAGUCGGACUGUUAUAUUUGCAUAUAUGAAUAAACCAUGAAGUAGAUUAA